UAAAUAACCAGAUAACAUAGGAACCUGAGGGCGAUGAUUGCCGGCUUCAAAAACGCACCCAGACAAAUCACAGAACAAUUAGCAAAGAAGAAAGAAAGAAAACUAAACCACAAGAGACCGCGCCAGCCACUUGAAUUUCCCUCGAACAGGGGAGAAUAGAAUUGCAAAAUUCUUCUUCUUUUCUCUCACUCAAUCUGCAUAACCACACUAUUUCAAAACCCAAAUUAACUCAUCACUUAAUUGUAAAGAAACUUUCUCUGCUACUGAAUAGUAUUAUCGUGAGGCUUGUUGAACCAAAAAUAGAAAAUUAAAGAAAAAGAAAAGAAAAGUUGUGAUGGGGAUUUGGUGUGAUUCAGAAGAGGGUGGUGAAUAUGGAGGACAGUGUUCAUGGAGUUUCUUAACCAGGAGGAAAAGGGUGGAUUCUUCAGAUAAGAGCAAUUCUCAAGGCCAACUUGCCAAGGAGUUAACUGUGCCUCAUCUCAUGGCAAUUGGUGUUGGUGCAACAAUUGGUGCUGGUGUGUAUGUGCUGGUUGGAACCGUGGCUCGGGAACAUUCAGGAGCUGCUUUGCCCCUCUCUUUUCUGGUGGCUGGAUUUGCCGCUGCUCUUUCUGCACUUUGCUAUGCAGAGUUGGCUAGUCGCUGUCCUUCUGCUGGAAGUGCAUAUCACUACUCUUACAUCUGUGUUGGAGAAGGAGUUGCUUGGUUGAUUGGUUGGGCCUUGAUACUGGAAUAUACAAUUGGAGGAGCUGCGGUUGCUCGUGGCAUGACACCCAAUUUGGCUGCACUCAUUGGAGGAGGAGAAAAUUUGCCCAGCUUUUUAUCGCGGCAUAGCAUUCCUGGGAUUGAUGUUGUUGUUGACCCAUGUUCAGCAAUUAUGAUAUUUAUUAUUACUGGACUCCUAUGUGUUGGGAUCAAAGAGAGUACAAUGGUGCAAAGUAUAAUCACAUCAAUUAACAUAUGUGCAUUGAUUUUUGUCAUACUUGCUGGUGGUUACUUGGGGUUCAAAUCUGGAUGGGUUGGAUAUGAGCUUCCCGCAGGGUACUUUCCCUUUGGGGUAGAUGGGAUGCUAGCUGGUUCUGCUACAGUCUUUUUCGCAUAUAUUGGUUUUGAUGCAGUUGCCAGCACCGCCGAAGAGGUGAAAAAUCCUCAGCGUGAUUUGCCACUGGGUAUUGGUGGCUCAUUGUUUCUAUGUUGUGGAUUGUACAUGUUGGUGUCAAUUGUUAUUGUGGGUUUAGUGCCUUAUUAUGCAAUCAAUCCUGAUACCCCCAUAUCAUCUGCAUUUGCUGACAAUGGGAUGCAAUGGGCAGCAUACGUUAUAAAUGGUGGGGCCUUUACAGCUUUAUGCGCAUCAUUAAUGGGUGGGAUAUUGCCCCAGCCAAGAAUAUUGAUGGCUAUGGCAAGGGAUGGGUUGCUGCCACCAUUUUUUUCUGACAUAAACAAGUGCAGCCAAGUUCCUGUUAAGAGCACAAUAGUUACUGGCCUUGUUGCUUCACUCUUAGCAUUUUCUAUGGAAGUCUCUGAACUGGCUGGGAUGGUCAGUGUGGGUACACUUCUUGCAUUCACCAUGGUGGCAAUAUCUGUGCUAAUACUAAGAUAUAUCCCACCAGAUGAGGUUCUAUUGCUCCCUUCCCUCCAAGAACCAAUUGUUUCAGCGUCAACACAAUAUAGUUGGUGCAGCUUGGAAGCAAAUGAAGAAGAUGCAAAGACACAUGUUGGUGCUUCUGGGAGCAAGAAGCCUACAGUUUUUAAAGAGGAUGUACCAAUUGAUUGUCCUCUUAUUGCUAAAGAUCCUGUCAUAGGCAAAUAUGUACAUGAGGGUAACAGGAGAAAAGUAAUUGGGUGGGUAAUAGCAUUCACAUGCUUGGGGGUGUUUGUCCUCACAUUUGCAGCUUCAAAUAAAACUAUGAUCAGUUCUGUUCGUUUUGCAUUAUGUGGAGUUGGUGGCUGUCUUCUUCUGUCUGGUUUUGUCUUCCUAACCUGUAUGGAUCAAGAUGAUGCAAGGCACAACUUUGGGCACUCUGGAGGUUUUACUUGCCCAUUUGUGCCUCUGCUUCCCGUAGCUUGCAUUCUUAUCAAUUCCUAUUUACUUGUUAAUCUUGGGGCUGCUACUUGGGCACGUGUUUCUAUAUGGCUGGCUAUAGGAGUUAUUGUUUAUGUAUUUUAUGGCCGAACCCAUAGCACUCUGAAAGAUGCAGUUUGUGUGCCAGCAACUCAAGUUGUUGAUAUCUAUCACACAUCCACAAGCUGUCUUGCUUAAUCUCCAUGAACUCCGCACUGGAACUUGCAUGCAAAUAAAAUAGUGGCGUUUUACAAGCUAGUGAUAUCUAGUCACUACUGCGUAUCGCCACAAGGAUGUGCAUAUUGUAUGAAAAAAAUUGCGGAGUUAUUAUCAUUGAUUAAAAAGUUAAAUUGUAAAUUAUUAUAAAAUAUAUAUAACAAAAUGUUAAAUAAUUACAAUUAAUUCUCUUAAUUUUUGGACAGACAGUUGUACGUAACUCCGUAUUUUUAAAAAUACUUUUUUCGUUUUAGAAUUGUAAAGUUCAUCUAAAAAUGCACCUGCUAUGUUGGAUGGCCUGAAUUAAUGGUAAAUUAUUCAUCCCUGUUGUUUUA